CCUUCUAAUUCAGCUGACCCUAACCAUCCUUAACCAUCCUUCAACAACAAAUUAUGACAACACCACUAUAUACUCCUUUAUCGUAUAACCUUCAUCAAACUGCACUACCUUCAUUAUGCAUAUGAUCAAGAUUCUAGGCGGCCUAGCCAUGGCUGGGCUCGCCAUUGCAUGCGACGAUACGGCGCCUAUUAACACUCCUCCCAACAGCACCCCAGCCAACAGUACUCCAGCCAGCGGUACCCUAACCAACGGCACGACAACCAAUAGUACUCUAACAAACAGCACGGUACCUUUGCGAAAUGUCGUAUACUUCGACCAAUACCAUACGGCUAUCCUGCCAAGCAGGGACGUAACGGCGGGUAUAACCCACGUCAUCAUGGCCUUCGCCAACUCAUCUCUCUUCGUCACCGAAAUGGCAGGGGCUUACGAGCCAUUCAUGCCCCUAGACAAGGUCCGCGCCAUGUUCGACGACGGAACUCAGGUCGGCAUCGCGAUCGGCGGGUGGGGCGACACGGCCGGCUUCUCGAAAGGGGCCGUGUCGGAAGAGAGCCGCAGCAUGUUCGCCAAGAACGUCGCGGCGAUGGUAGAGACCCACGGCUUCGACUUCGUCGAUAUCGACUGGGAGUAUCCUGGCGGCAACGGCGCCGAUUACAAACAGACUCCUAAUUCGGAUAAGGCAAGCGAGAUCACGACGUUCCCCAUGUUCUUACAACAGAUCAAGAACGCCAUCGCUCCUAAGCAACUCUCGAUCGCCGUCCCUUCCAUGCAGCGCGAUAUAAUCGCCUACGCAGGGCCCCAGGCACCGUCGAUCUUCGCUGCUGUGGACAUGGUCAACCUGAUGUCUUACGACAUGAUGAACCGUCGCGACGGCACAACUUCGCACCACACAUCCGUCAAGGGAGCAAUCAAUGCCACCAAAAUGUACCUGGACCUAGGCCUACCGCCCUCCAAGCUCAAUCUCGGCUUCGCAUACUACGCGAAAUACUUCCUGACGCCACCUGACGCGAACUGCACCCAGCCAAUCGGUUGUCCCGUUGUCCCGGCCGAGAACGGCGACGGCUCUGACGCAGGUACCUCAGGGGCCAUGACUUUCGAGAAGGCCCACGUCCAUCCCCCGUCCCCGCCUCAGAACAUGGCCACGUCUAGCGACGGCACCUGCGGCGCUGACGCGGGCUUCAAGGUAUGCCCCGAAGGCACCUGCUGUUCUCAAUACGGAUCCUGCGGCUCCACGACCGAGUACUGCGGCAUGGGAUGCCAGUCCGCAUACGGCGUCUGCCAGGCCCCGGACGUAAUCGCUUCCUUCGGCAAGGCGCUUGCGAACGGCCAGCUCGACAGCAACGAGGGCGGCAUGUGGUACUGGGAUGCGGACAGCAAGCUGUUCUGGACGUGGGACUCGCCGGAGUUAAUUGACCAGAAGGUUCGUGAGAUUGUCGCGCCUAUGAAACUGGGUGGCGUGAUGGCUUGGAGUCUGGGCGAGGACAGCGAUAGCUGGGACCAUGUCGGGACCGUUGCGGCGGCUGCUAGGGGCUUUAGCAAGCCGAUCGCUAUCCAGAAAAAGAGUGGCAUGGGGUACUUGCGCAGACGGGUUGUAAAGCCUCGUGGUCAUGGUCAUGGUCGUCGACCCGCCCAUUAG